AUACGAUGUGCAGGCAAGCUGUGUAACAGUCCCAAACAAACAAAAGAACGAUGAGUAGAGUUCGUCAAAUAAAAACAAAUAUGGACAACAAGAAUGCAAAAAACAAUGAAGUACUAAUGCUUCUUAAAUCCAUUGAUCCAUUAUUGAAGUUAGAAAGGUGCUAUGGCAUAUUCAGAUUUCAUAUCUUUGACGACCACCUGGGACCAAUAAACAGAAUGAUGAAAGUUUAUGGAAUCUGUAUUAUGUUUGCUUUUACUAUCCCGUAUUGUGUUCUGUGUUUUUAUUCUUAUUCUAAAAUAGAGAAUUUUGAUACAGUGGCAAUUGUGGAUGCACUAGAAAAUUUUCCCCCGUUAAUAAUGGCACUGCAGUAUUUUAUAUUUAUCAUUAUAUCGUUACAGUUACAUGAUAAAAACAUACUUCUUAUAAAAAAACUUGCUCAAGUCGAUCGUAUAUUAAAUGUAUCAAUGAAAAAAGAUUUUUUCGAGAAUUUCCAUAAAGAUGUACAAAUUUUGUUAUUUUUAUUUCUAAUUAGUUACACAUUUUCGCUUAUUCCAGAUUUUUUUGAUAUCUUUAAUGAAAGAAACUAUUAUCAAAUAAUUUCCGUUGGAAUUGAUUUUCCACUUCACCUCGAAUCAUUGUCUUUUUAUAUAUUUAUCAAAAUACUGACUGUAAGAUUGAAUAUCCUUAACAACCAUUUAAUAGAUUUAAUUAAAUUAAAAAAUCAAAAAAAUGCUUCUCCUUUCAUCGAUAUUAAUAUAUCAAAUGAAAAUUUAAACUAUACUUCAAACGAUAGUAGAGCUUCUCAUAGAAAUAAUAAGACAAUUCGUCUUGGCGAAGCUUAUAAAAUUAUCGGUGAAGCGAAUUACUUGAUUAAUGAUAUUUUCGAAUUUCAGAACUUCAUGUCACUCGUAUCUACGUUUGUUUAUAUCAUUAUCACACUAUGGAGUUCAAUAUAUUUCUAUCGUACUUUAAAGCAAUUAAAUUUACUGCUAGCAUUCACAGUGCAGUGCGUCUAUGAAAUUUUUAUAAUAAGCCUAAUGUCUUAUAUUUGUGAUGUAAUGAGUUCGGAACGCAACACUACUAAAAUAUUAGUGAACGAGUUAAUUGUUGACUAUAAUUUACCUAAAGCGAUAAGAAUUCAAGCUAAAACUUUCAUGGAAUUAAUCGAAGUGUGGCCAUUGAAGAUAUUUGCUUACGACAUGUUCCCUAUAGAUAUUAAGUUAAUUCUUAAGUUUGUCAGUGUCUCAACGACGUUCCUUAUAGUCAUCAUACAAAUUUCGCACUUUAUAUGA